AGUGCUAUGGUCGGUCGCGAUUUCUUACUCUUGCUGGCUUGACUCAGCGUCUUACCCCGCUUCCUCCUCGAGUUUGUCUCUUGGCUUUUGACUCGCGGUUUGUGACCAUGGCGGACUACGUCGGUACUUGAGUUCGGCGAUAUUCACGGCAAGCGAAGACCUAGGACAGAAUUGUUGUAACCUAGUUAAGACAUGCACACAAAGCUUAGCACAGAAAACUGUGAUAGCUUUAACAAAACAUACAAGAAAUGCUGGGCAGUUCGGGGGAAAGUUUUUUUUCUUUCGAUUUGAAGUCUGUUUACAAAAUCAAUGCCUCUGCUUAAUAUAUUUUUUAACUGUCUAAGACUGGUCGACACAACGAGAUGAAUACGAUCGACUGAAACGAAAGAGGUCAGUUCAAAAAGGAUGCUACGGCCGCUGAUUGACAUGUGGGUUGCUACAACGCCGGGCCAAACCAUUGACGGAGCACGCGGCCCGAACUAAGUUACUGAAGUUAGUGACCUUACAUGAAGUGUUUGACCCAGGUGGAGCAAGUUCGAAAAGUGCGCACAACGAAGAUCCGCACAGUGUUUCCUGUAUCCAGUAGAUACCGAUGAUUUCUUCUUAUUAUCAACACCGUCAUCGAGGUACUACGACUUCCUUGGAUUGAAUGCGUGCUUAUUCGCUAAUAUGGAGCUGAUAAACGAUGCUUAGAUGGCUCAGGUGACCCUAACGAAUGUGGCAAAGUUCAUGGAAGCUUUUUCGAAAAUAACUAAACUCGAUAGAGCUUAGAAGUAUUUCGGCGAAAGCUGUUGGAAAACUGUGACAGCAUCAGAUUGUGCAGAAUCUACCUGUAAAUGUAUGGUGUCUGUGCAGGGACGUAUGUCAACGUACUUAUUCUGUCUAAUCGUGUCGAACGUUAGUUAGGGAAAAACAAAACAGUGGGCGUUGACGAGCGUGAGGGUAGCACGGGACUCGUGUGUUUUUGUCCGGAGGACCUUGACCUUGAAGGCCCAUUCAACAUGCUUCUCCGGAGUGUUUCAUAUGGAGUGUUGGGACUUGGUUGGAUAUUAUUGCGUGCCUAUUUGCUUGUGUUCGCUUCCCAGGGAACUCUCGAAUCCCUCAAGAUCUUCUCGUUCAGUUCCCAUGCUCCGGCGGAAGUCCUCUGCGAUGACACCUUUCUCGUAUUGGGAAAUGGCGAAUUCCACGAAGACGAGCGGGGGGACCAUCUCAUCGAUGAUACUCAACUAACCGUGGAUGGCAGUGGCGAUGAUCUGAGAAACUAUGUUCCUCCGACACCCUCAGAGGGGCGUUACUUUGUGAAACAGGACACCGUGAAGCACAAAGAUGCUCUUCACCGUGACGAGAAGGAGGAACACGUAGCGCAUCGCGAGCGUCACCACCGUCAACGUCACCGCCAGCCGCAUCAGCAGCAGCACAGCCAUAACCGCCAUCAGGUACACGGGGGUGCGUAUGAGGACGGCGGCCUUGGAGCGGCCCACGCGGACCGUGAAGAUAUCGAGCAUUUUGGCAAUCAGGUGGCCGAAACCAGUGCUGUAAUCGCGUCGUUCAACAAAGGACCUCACGAAGGCGGUGAUAAGAUUGAGCCAUUUGUAACAGCCAAAGACGAUAACGUCAGAGAAAGCAGAACCAAGGAUAACCCGUUGAAGCAACUCGAGGUUGAUUCGAGACGUGGAACAAACGAACGCCAGCAACCUCUUGAUACUGACAACGCGAUAGGCUAUCACACAGCGCUUCUAUCCACGACCCUGUUCUUAUCAACAAGUGAGCGGCCAACGACCUUUGUCGUCGAGUAUAAUAACUAUGACGCCAAAAACAACGGAGCGAUACUGUCUCCGGCUGAGGCGGACAUAGGUUACAUGGAUAACCAUAGUACCAAACACGAAACCACGCAAACACGUCGUCUUGAAGAUUUGUCGGCACCACCGUUCCGUGGACGGGGCGUCGGUAGCAGUCAGUUUAUGGCCACGGCUAGGGAUGAUCGUAGCACAGCGGCAACAGUACCAAUGACAGCAAACGGAAAAAUGAAGGCAAUGGACGAACUCACCCAUGUGAGGGACAGCGAACUCUUAAGCACACAUGACGUCCGGAAGCAUAUCGUGUAUAGUCAAGCGAAUGCUAAUCAUGAUGAAGAAGAAGAGGGCAGGGCGGAUUUCAGCGGCGAAGGAGAAUAUAUUGAUGCUGAAAAUCGCUUGGACUCCAAUAAACAAGCAGACGUUGUCCUGCCUAACGACGUACAGGCCCGCGAGGACCUGGGAAGUGGUCAGGGGGACAAUAACGCUGAAGAGAGUCCAUUGUAUGACAGUAACCCUAAGAGCGGCCAGGGCUUCCAAGAGUCAAGUACCGAACGACCGGACAAUCGUUUGGACACUGUAGGCCGUACAGAUGAAAAGAUCGCGCAAACCGAUGAGGAGGGUUGUAAGGAGCCGGACGCAGAUAUGAGUAAUGCCGUCGAGGAACACGUCGCCAAGGACGAACGUUGCAGCUUCGACCUUUUGGCUGCUUGGAUUGACGAAAACAAGCACGGGCUGCGAGAGAAGCUUCGUGGCCCCGCGGGAAAUUGCAGCUGCUCUUCGGAUUUUGUCAACCUCGAGACGCUUCGUGGACAGGCUGGAAGGGAUGGACGGGAUGGACUUGACGGAACUCCUGGACGCCCUGGUCUACCUGGAUCGGAGGGUCCCCGUGGAGAAAUGGGACUUCCAGGCCCAGAAGGUCCACAAGGUCCACCUGGACAACAGGGACCUGCAGGGCCCCGUGGUGAAAAAGGUGAUUCAGGCUCAGAAGGCACGCCUGGUAUGCAGGGACCACAGGGGCCGCCCGGACCACCGGGGCCACCAGGACCUUCGCACGGCAGAUAUUUUGACUUUGACACCGGUUUGGCUGAUGGUACCUAUGGCACAUAUAUGGGUGCACCUGGACCAGUAGGACCGCAAGGAUCUCAGGGUCCGCCCGGUCCAAAGGGGGCGCGCGGUCCUGGAGGAGAAAAAGGAGCCCCAGGAGAACCCGGUACUAAAGGCUUCCGAGGGCUGCGAGGACCGCCGGGGGUCACCGGACGACAGGGAAGUAAAGGUGAACCAGGUAUACCUGGAGCCUAUGGACGACCCGGAGCGCCUGGCCGAGUAGGCGAGCGCGGUCCCCCAGGAGAGCGCGGCGAGAAAGGAGACCCAGGAAUUGGUUUGCCUGGACCUCCAGGACCACCAGGACGAAGUGUGCUGACACAUGAUGAUUACGAAAAUGGACUUAUACUCGAGUCCAUCAAAGGUGAUAAGGGCGACCCUGGCGUGAACGGAUCCGAGGGAGCGCCAGGGCUUCAAGGUGAACCUGGUGAACGGGGACCCCCAGGGCCCGUAGGCCCCAAAGGAGAGGCAGGACCUGUCACCCUACUUGGAGAUAACGUAGCUAUACGUGUUAUGAAGGGAGAUAAAGGUGAUACCGGACGUCGAGGAAAGCGCGGCUUUCCAGGGCCUCCAGGUCCCUCACAAGGUCCUGAGGGCCCGCCAGGUCCUCCAGGACCACCUGGUAUCCCUGGGCGUAAUCUCGGAAUUAAGGGAGACAAAGGAGACCCAGGACCACCGGGUGUCGUUACUGGCGCGAAUGGUGACGUAAUCCGUGGAGAGCCUGGUGACCCAGGACCGGUUGGACCUCGUGGCGAUGUUGGCGAACGUGGUGAAAGAGGUGAACGUGGACUACCCGGUCCGCCAGGACCUCCCGGGCCUGUGACAUUCUCGGAUGGAAGCUCAUUUGACGUGGCAACAAUUAAAGGCGAAAAGGGCGAACCAGGAUUAGGAGUGCAAGGUCCCCCCGGACCACAAGGAGCCCAAGGAGUUGGGGCUCCUGGACCGCCCGGGCCCCCUGGACCUCCAGGACCGGCAGGACCAAGUUGGGAUACUUCCUCAAACGGCAAUGCACCUGUAAGCGCCAUGCUUCGUGCUCCUGGACCAAUGAUGUCACACUUCAUGGGUCCUCGCGGUCCACCAGGGCCUCCAGGUCCACCCGGAGAGUGCACGUGUCAUUCAAACCAGAAACCUUCUCAGGUCGUACCGGGCGGCCUGAUCGUGAAGGAUCAGAAGGCUCUCCACGAAAUAACAGACUUCACUUCUCCUGGCGUGUUGGCAUACAUCGGCGAUGAUGAGGCGCUUAUGCUUCGCGUACCUCAAGGAUGGCAAUACGUUGGGCUUGGCCCUACAAUUCUUCCUGCGAUCACAGCAACAACAUCCACAACGGAACCACCCAGACCACCUUUAACAGCAGACGACCUUAGAAAUGUUCCCACUAAGAGACGCAAGAUUCGUAUGGCGGCAUUGAACUCUGCGUCUAGCGGUGAUAUGCACGGUGUCCGUUCCGCGGACUAUGAAUGCUAUCGUGAAAGUCGGAACGCCGGUCUAAAUGGCACAUUCAAGGCAUUUCUUGCCUCCAGGAUCCAGAACGUGGACUCGCUAGUACGGGCUCGUGAUGCAAUCGCGCCCGUGGUGAACCUCAAGGGCGAGCUGUUAUUCAACUCGUGGCGGGAAAUCUUUUCCGGGGGUCUCGGUCACUUCCCGAUUAGCCCGCGCAUUUACUCAUUCGACGGGAAAAAUGUCAUGAACGACCCCUCAUGGCCACAGAAGGUCGUGUGGCAUGGGGCCGACCGAAAUGGGGCCCGCAGUAUGGAGAAUUACUGCGAUGCGUGGAACUCCGCAUCUCCACGAAAGACGGGCUUCGGAUCGUCGCUUCUUCAUGGACGUCUGCUCGAUCAGCAAAAAUACCCAUGCAACAUGCGAUUUGUCGUACUCUGCGUCGAAGUUAGCAGCAGUCUUUCGAACACCGGCAGUUUCACUCAGUCGGGCAGUCAUAACGGAGGACAUAGAGAUGAGGCUUCUAAGUGGAGACGCCGAAGGAGGUCAGCAAACAAUGGAGAGCUGGAUGCUCUAUCAUCGUCGACACCACAACACAAGUUGAUGCCCUUCGAGGAGUAUUUUGAUCUCGCAAACCGCGUCAUCGAACCGCGGGACGGAGCAGAUAAGGUCAACAAGGACAAAAAAUCCAGGGAGAGUUGGUUUGGCGAUUGGACCAUUGAAAAUGACCCGCAUCUGUAAAACGUCUGUAAAAGCCGCUCUGCAAUAAUCAUAUCGAUAAAAAUUGAUAUCAAAAUUUCAAGCUAGCACAACAUCAGUGGUAUCGUUGCAUCUGCGAACUGCGAAAACAUCAUUGGCGAUCUUGUGGUGGCUAGCUCGCUGGCCAACACGAUCAAAUGGCCUUAAGAAAGGUGUUCGCAGCGGUACGAACGAAAAGAGACAAAAAAAACCCUUUUGUACGAUAAAAAACAAAACAGGCCAUUGAUGAUUACAUCAUAUGGCACGUACAAAAGCAAUCAUGGAUAUACGCAGUCACCUAUAAAUUCAGCUCAGUGUAUAAAUCCCCUUUGUCCUUCCGAAAAAGAAUGAGAAACAAUAAUAAUAAUAAUAAUACCCAGUAUAUACAUACAUAGUUAGUAAUUCGACGCUGAUGCCGGCGUUAUUAUAAGUAGAAAUAGCGCUUGGUUUAUUCUGAAUUCUCACUAACUAACUAACUAACGAACAAAGGAAAAAGGAAAAAUUACUACAUUGAAUCGAUUAUAAACCAAAGCGGAAAUAGCACAUGGGCCUAAAACCGCAGGAAGAGUGAGCCGACUACGAAGCCUUGAACUGCUACUUUUUUUAUCCCAGUAAGAGGAGACAUCAUCAAAAUGGCAACGUCAACUACGACUGAAUUUGUAAAACCUAUUUAUUUAUAUAGCUAAACCAAACAAGCAAGUAGCAGGGAACAGAAAACAACCAAAGGUACACUAAUACUAUACAAUCCUCCUUCGACGAACAUCGCGAGCGAUCUGCCGUCUAAAUCACCAUUCCUCCGUGUACCAAAGGUGACCGCGUUCAAGCGAAUGCUAACCUGGUCCUGCUAUUACCAAGGUUCUACCGGGAAAAAUUGUAUUCUGUUUAGGUUAGUUUAUAUGCUUACUACUGCUACUUAUACUAUAUAUACAUAUAUAUAUAUAUAUACAUAAUAUAUGAUGAUUAUAACCAAUAGCAACAUAAUUAUUAUCAUUAUAUGACAACGCAAGAUGCCUACAUACGAAACUAGCAUGCCAAUGGUGCGAAUGCUGGUCAGCCAGCUCGAAUGUAGCUUCUGUGUGCGCAUACAUUGUACUGUAUUAAUUUUUAUUUUGGCGUCGCCGGUAACGACGAUGCCCAGAUGACACCAGUCAGCAGAGCAAUGUAUCAUCAUGACAUAUAGAGAAGCAGAAUAAUAUCUUUUACCGAAUUGUGUUUCUGUGAACGCGCGAGUUUUUGAAAAUUUCCAAAAUCUCCAAAGUUUCGUGCCAGAUAUUGAAUAGUACGGCUGGUAACUGAGUGAUGAUUUUGAGUGAGUAGUUACGACGAUAGAUUUCCGUUAACAGUAGUAUCUAUAUAUAAACACAUAUGAAUAUCAACCUGUGUGUACUUAGCUUCCUUACUUUAUGUUAUCAAAUUGUAGGUGUAGAUUAUAGAUGGAUUUAUUUUCCUCCAGCAUCAGUCGCGACGGUCGUAGAAGGCCUGGCAUGUAAACCUCUGUGUGGGGUUUCGUCGUGUUUUGAAUCGUAGUCUUAUUUUUAUGCGGUUUGAGAGACGUGUUAAACGAGUUUGGUCUUGCAAUCAUAGAGUGCCGUUCAAUUAGGUAUGUUGAUAAUAUUUCCAAUUUUUUAAGAUGUCUUUUGCUAGCUCAUUCAUUGAUUUACGACUCCUGAUUAUCGCGUCGGUUUAUAACCUAACAAUAGCAUAAGCGUGUUUCUACGAGCUGUACCUUGUCUUCAUCUUACGUCUCUGAUAAUUACACCUGUGUACGUUUGUGCAUAUGACACUGCCUAGGUAAUAAGAGCGACACUUAUCAAAGGCGUAAAACUGUUGCCAAGUCCUGUAUACACUUAAUAACUCAUACAUAUUAAAAAAAUUCGUUAUGCCAAUGGAUAUAUACUUUUUUGCAACAGAGAGCCAUACAGGGUGUCUGGCGAAAAAAACAAUUACGUUGUAUGGCUAGCUCUAUGAAAGGCAACCAGGUCCAUAACAGAGAUUAUACUAGAUGAUGGAAAGUAUAGCUAAGAGUUAGGACGAAAAACGGAACAGGAUAAUAUAAAUUGGGCGAACGGUCUUUGAAAAUAAGAGACCUACAAAAGAUGAUAAAGCAAAAAGGCGUAGGAUGUAAGCAGAGAAAAAGGUUUUUAUCAAGUACAUGGAAAUAUGCUCGAAUGUAGUUUUAAUAAUUUUACAGGCACACAAACCUUUGUUACUGUACUAUUUUUAAUAAGUUCUAUUAUAAUAAGAUACAAAGUUAAUUUACCAUUUGCGUCAAGUAGAGAUGCUGAAGAUUAUAUAUACAUACUGAUGGAGUGGUAGACACCCUUUACCCACGGGCAGGUUAGUACCUAUAUCCACAACGGAAUUAACCCAUAGGCGGAAAUUGCCAUAUGUAUGAACAUAUUGACAAAAGAUGCCUGCGAAUAAAUUUUACCAUUCGGUAUACGAGAAAACAAAUUUAAUAAAGUAUUGAAAUACAAGUAUUAGGUGAUGAUCAUUGCACCUACUUACAUCACGUCGCAUAAUUUAUUUUUUCCUUCUUUUUUCGUGCUUGCCACCUUGCGUUUACCGUUGAAGCACUUUAGACACGCACAGAUUUACGAAACGGUCAGAUCAAAACGGUACGCGUUCGCCGCCAUUGAGUACGCUGAAUCGUACACGCGUACGAAUGACUACGAGGUCGCCAAAGCUAUCAUACUUUCUUAGAGAGCUACCCGAUCUCAUAAUAAAAAAAUUAAAUAAAUAAAAAACUUAGAGCAAGUUUUACUAUAGCGGAACUGUAAGGGACCAUUGACUCAAUCGGUGAAUCCUUAAAAUAAAACAAGUCCGUCUACUUCAAGAUCCUCACAUCUCUAAAUUCAAGGACAGGGCAGCGACGAUUUUGACCACUGCUACUGAAUGAGGUGAACGCACUAAACCCCCCUUCUCUCCCCCGGCAAUAUAGCUUUCAAUCGAUUCAGAACACGCGCACGAUUUUCUCAUUGUGGAGACAC